CCAAUGACAGCGCAGGAUGCUGAGAGAGGCUGCUUGGGUGAAUGGAGGCGACAAGAUGCCGUCCAGAGCGGCGAAGAAGAGGAAUUAACAUCGAUAAAGAUCUGACUUUGAUCUACUCCACCUUUUCAGACAUGAAAUAAGUCACCCAUGUGCAGUUCUAAGAGUCAGAGCAGUCUCAUUAUAGCUCGCCCCUGUUAAGGACCCCUCUGGUGGCUACACCGCCGAAUCACAGGACAUGUACGGCAGUGCCAGAGCUGUAGGCCAUGUAGAGAGCAGCCCCGUACGGUCCCCGCGCCUACCAAGGUCCCCCAGACUGGGCCAUCGAAGGGCACACAGUGGGAGCGGGGGUGGUGCGGGGGGAAAGACGCUCUCCAUGGAGAACAUCCAGUCCCUCAACGCUGCCUAUGCUACUUCGGGGCCCAUGUACCUGAGUGACCACGAGGGCGUGGGCUCCACUGCCACCUACCCAAAAGGCACUAUGACUCUGGGUCGCGCCACCAGUCGGGCCAUGUAUGGGGGCCGCGUCACAGCCAUGGGCAGCAGUCCCAAUAUUGCUUCUGUGGGGCUGCCUCAUGCUGACCUUCUGUCUUACAGUGACCUGGGCUCCCUCUCCAUGCUGCACCCCCACCACCACCAGGGGGUGCCCUCUGCUCUGCUGAGGCAGGCAGUGCGGGGCAGUGGUGGGGAGCUGCUGGAGAUGCAGGCCCAGCUCAGGGAGAUGCAGAGGGAGAAUGAGAUGCUGCGACGGGAGCUUGACCUGAAGGACAGUAAGUUGGGAUCUUCCACCAACAGCAUCAAGAGUUUCUGGAGUCCUGAACUGAAGAAGGAGAGAAUAAUGAGGAAAGAAGAGGCAGCCCGUACGUCAAUCCUUAAAGAACAAAUGAGAGUGACUCAUGAGGAGAACCAGCAUCUUCAGAUGACCAUCCAGGCUCUGCAGGAUGAACUGCGCACGCAGCGAGACCUCAACCACCUGCUGCAGCAGGAGAGCGGAAACCGUUCUGGUUCUGAGCAUUUCACCACCAUCGAGCUGACAGAGGAGAACUUCCGUCGGCUGCAGGCCGAACAUGACAGGCAGGCCAAGGAGCUCUUCUUGCUGAGAAAGACCCUAGAGGAGAUGGAACUGAGGAUCGAGACCCAGAAACAAACCCUUGGUGCCAGAGAUGAGUCCAUUAAGAAGCUGCUUGAGAUGCUGCAGAGCAAAGGGCUGCCUCCCGGCCCGGGCAGGGCGACCGAAGAGGAGGAGCAGGAGAGAGCUCGGCGCAUUGCUGAAGCAGAGGCUCAGCUGGGACACCUGGAGGUCAUUCUGGAUCAAAAGGAGAAGGAAAACAUCCAUUUGCGCGAGGAACUGCACAGAAGAAAUCAGCUGCAUCAGGAUCCAAGUAAAACUAAGGCCCUGCAGACCAUUAUAGAGAUGAAAGACACCAAAAUUGCAUCUUUGGAGCGCAACAUUCGAGACCUGGAGGAUGAGAUCCAAAUGCUGAAGGCAAACGGCUUACUGAACACAGAGGACAGAGAGGAGGAGAUCAAACAGAUGGAGGUCUACAAGAACCACUCUAAGUUUAUGAAGACUAAGAUUGACCAACUGAAGCAAGAGUUGUCAAAGAAAGAGUCAGAACUGCUGGCUCUGCAGACAAAGCUAGAGACGCUCAACAACCAGAACUCAGACUGCAAACAGCAUAUCGAGGUGCUCAAAGAGUCUCUCACUGCCAAGGAGCAACGUGCUGCCAUCCUGCAAACAGAGGUGGAUGCUCUCCGUCUACGCCUGGAGGAGAAAGAGUCCUUCUUGAACAAGAAAACCAAGCAGCUGCAGGACCUGACGGAGGAGAAGGGUACUCUCGCUGGAGAAAUCAGGGACAUGAAGGACAUGCUUGAGGUCAAAGAAAGGAAGAUUAAUGUCCUGCAGAAGAAGAUUGAGAACCUGCAGGAGCAGCUGCGGGACAAAGACAAGCAGCUAGGGAACCUCAAGGACAGGGUCAAGUCUCUGCAGACCGACUCCAGUAACACAGACACUGCCUUGGCCACCCUGGAGGAGGCACUGUCAGAGAAGGAGAGGAUUAUAGAGCGUUUGAAGGACCAAAGGGAGAGAGAAGACAGAGAACGACUGGAAGAAGUGGAAUCAUAUAAGAAAGAGAACAAGGAAUUGAAGGAGAAGGUGAACAGCCUGCAGAUAGAACUAACAGAAAAGAGGUCAUCCAGUCUCAUUGAUCUGAAAGAGCAUGCAUCAUCCCUGGCUUCCUCUGGCCUCAAGAAGGAUUCAAAGCUUAAGUCACUGGAGAUUGCAAUCGAGCAGAAAAAAGAGGAAUGUAGUAAGUUGGAGACACAGUUACAGAAGAAAGCCCAUGAAGUGGAGCAGCAGUCAGGCUCCAGAGGGAACCCUGAGUAUGUGGACCGGGUGAAGCUGCUGGAAAAGGAGGUGAGCUACUACAAGGAUGAAGCCAGCAAGGCUCAGACAGAGGUGGAAAGACUCCUGGACAUCCUGCGAGAGGUGGAAACCGAAAAGAAUGAUAAGGACAAGAAGAUUGCUGAGUUGGAAAGCCCCCCUCCCUCUGCCCCUCGCCCCACCCCACGUCCCGGUGGCAGAGCUCCCCCUGACCCGCUCCCUUCUGUGUCCAAUGCUCCCCAGCAGAUAGGGGGCAUGGUGUGGGAUUUCCUGGGAAAUCUAGCUCCCAGACAAGGAGGUAAAGAUCAGGCUAAAAAAGGUUCGAACAUCAAAUUGGGGCCACAAGGGGACAAGAAAGGCUUAGGACAGGACCCUCGAAAGGACAGCUCAAUAGAUGGUGGUCACCACUUGAAGUUGGAGGAGCUUAUGAAUACACUAGAAAGGACAAGGCAGGAGUUGGAUGCCACCAAGCAGCGUCUUUCCUCCACACAGCAGUCUUUGCAGGAGAGGGACACCCACCUCACCAACAUGAGACAAGAGCGCAGAAAACAGCUGGAGGAGAUCCUUGAAAUGAAACAACAAGCUCUGCUGGCAGCCAUAAGUGAGAAAGAUGCUAAUAUUGCACUGCUGGAACUGUCUGCCUCGAAUAAAAAGAAGACCCAGGAGGAGGUGCUAGCCCUCAAGAGGGAGCGGGACAAACUGAUGCACCAGCUCAAACAACAUACACAAAGCAGAAUGAAGCUGAUAGCCGACAACUAUGAAGAUGAGCAAUAUCAUCCACAUGCUCCUCACCACCCCCAGCCUCAGCCCCCACACGCUCAACCUCAGCCCCAGCCCCAGUACCCCCACGCUCCCCACCCUCAGCAGACUCCAUAUCCACAUGCCCCACAUCCGCAACACCCACAGCAUCUGCAACACCCACAGCACCCACAGGCCCCCCAGCAGCACCCACACCCACAGCAGCCUCAACCUCAGUACCCUCACCCUCCUCACCAGCAACACCCUCAGCACCCCCAACCACCUCCCCAGCAUCAACAGCACCCACGCCCUCCACAACCCCAGCACCCUCAUCAACAGCAUCCCCAGCAUCCUCCACAGCACCCACAUGGGCAUCUGCCUCCGCAGCACCCUCACCCUCAGCACCCACAUGGACCUCCACAACAGGGGCCGCACCCCCAACAUCCACAUCCACAGCACCCCAUGCACCCCAGCACCCUCAGCACGCACACCAUGCCCAGCAUCCACGUCCCUUCCCCCCACCAUCGUGGGGGGCCAGCCCGAGGACCCCCGCAUGCUGGUCACCGCCCUUCCCCAGACCAGGAUGACGAGGAGGGCAUUUGGGCAUAAUCCUUGCUGUGACAACCAAAGCUCUAAUGUUGUUUUGAGGGAUGAUUCAGUCACUACUGGAGGAGCACAGCCAUGCCAUGAUGUUGUAACACUACCCAAUGAAACAUUUAUUACCUCCACUUAAUCAGUACCCAGCAAUGGGACCUUUUUUUCCCAGGAAGAGGAGGGGGAACUCAGGU